AUGUGGCUUUACGGUCAUGUGCUGACACAAGGCUACUAUUACGCUAACCUGUGGUUCGGCACGCCCGGGCGUCGCUUCGCGGUGAUCGUGGAUACGGGCAGCACCGUGACCUACGUGCCGUGUGCCUCGUGCAGCGAGUGCGGUAGCCACCACCAGGACCUGCCGUUCGAUCCGCAGCAAUCGUCGACGUACCAGUUCGUACCGUGCUCGUCGGAUCAGUGCCCGUACCAUGACUGCCAGGACAACUCAGACGAGUGCUCGUACGACCGGCACUACGCGGAGAACAGCAGCAGCAGCGGGCUAAUCGUCUCAGACGUCGUCACCUUCGGAAACGCGUCGACCCUUCCGCCUGCGCGGAUCCUCUUCGGGUGUGAGCUGGCCGAAACGGGCGACAUUUACACGCAGAAGGCGGAUGGAAUCAUGGGCAUGGGACGCGGGGAGCUGGGGAUUGUGAGCCAGCUGUCGGUGGGAGCGGGGAAGGUUAUGGACGAGCAAUUUUCGCUGUGCUAUGGCGGGUCGGAGGGCGGCGGCGGGGCGAUGAUCAUGGGGGCAAUUCAGCCGCCUGCUGGGAUGAAGUUUACACCGAUGGAUAUGCGCAGUGGCGGCACGUACUACAACGUGAUUCUGAACGCCAUCACAGUGGCUGGCAAGCCGCUGCCUCUGGACAUGUCGGUGUUCCGGUCGGGGUACGGGGUGGUCAUGGACAGCGGUACCACCUUCUCCUACCUUCCCCGCAAGGCCUUUGAAGCCUUCAAGGCUGCUGUGGAUGCAUCAGUGACGGGCGUGCAGAGCGUUCCCGGUCCAGAUUCAGUGUAUCAGGACGUGUGCUACGGCGGCGCCUCCAACAAGAUAGAGGAGCUCUCCAAUUACUUCCCCACCGUCUCCCUCACCUUUGAUGGCGACUUGGUCUACGAGCUCACGCCCGAGAACUACCUCUUUCGACAUGUGAAGGUGCCAGGAUCCUACUGCCUAGGCUUGUUCAAGAAUAAUGACAGGGGAACACUCAUUGGAGGGAUUAUCAUGCGCAACACACUGGUGACAUACGACCGAGUGAACAGCCGCAUAGGCAUGCUCAAGACCAACUGCCGAAACCUGUAUCAGGAGCUGCAGCAGAUAUACACAGAGCAAGGGGCCAAUCCCGCUCCACUCCCCGAGUAUCUUCUAUCUGAACCGCCCCCCUUGCCGGAUUCUGCCCAUCAAGGCGCUGGGAGGGGUGGAGAUGGUGGGAGCGGAGGGGCAGAGGAAGGCGAGGGAGGUGGAGGAGGGGAGGAGGAGGGAGGAGGAGCGGGUGGGGAGGAUGAGAAUCCGGAUGCGGAUGCAGGUACAGGCGGUGGUGAUGGAGGUGAUGGUGGUGGGGAAAGUUCAGCGGAAGGUGCUCCUGCUGCGCCGUCUGUUGCUUCAUCGUGUGAUGGCUGCGCGGGCAGCAUUGUGGCGGACCUGCUGGUGGGGCUGCCGCUGCUGCGCUUUGCCCCGCUUGUCAACCCCUUUGUGCAUGACCUUUCACGGGAACUCGGACUGCUGGAAGCUCAGGUGACUGUAGUGAGCUUUCACGAGGGGCAAAGUGCGACCCAGCAGCAGCAAGGGGGGGCGGAUGGGAGUGCCAAAGCAGGCGGAGAGGCAGCAACGGACGUGGAGAGCACGCGUGUGAAUGUGACCAUCCUGCCCUCUCCACCUGAUCUCGUGCUUGCUAAGGACACGGUGCAGCGAGUGGUGAACGUGCUGCAGAGUCCCAUGGCCAUCCGGGAUGUGUUUGGAUCAGUCACAGUGCUGCGUGUGCAAGUCGUGCUCAGUACUCCUGAUACGUCCAGCUCCCCUUUCGUUUGGGUGGGAGUGGGGGCUCUUGCGCUGGUGCUGCUUCUCCUGCUGCUGCUACUUGGGUGCUACUGCUGCAGAAAGAGAUCGGAUGGAAUCAGUGCAAGGGUGGAUGAAGUAGACGAGGAAGAAGGAUUGGCUAGUAACAUGGACGGGAAGGGAAAUGAUGCUGGGAACGGGGAUAUGGAAGGGGUCGGAGAGGGUGGGAAGGGUGUGAAUGUGGGUGUGUUUGGGAGUGGGAAGGUGCAGGGUGGGUCGGGGGAGGAGGUAUCGAUGUUGAAUGGGGAGGAUGAGGGGGAUGGAGAGGAGGAAGGAGAGAAG